UGGGACACCACUCAGACAGCCAGCAAUUUAAGGAGAACAUGCGGCUAAACAUGUCACUCCUGGUCUGAUUGGGGAGGGGACCAGAGAAAACUACAGAGUCUGACAUUGCCACAGAUUUUCAUAUAGCCACAGAUUUAUUGAAGGAGGGAUGCCUUACAAUAUAAAGUGACUUGAGAACACUUGUUGUGAUAUGAUGCUGUAUAAAUAAAACUGAAUUAAAUUGAAUGUUGUGACUUUGAGGAAUAGCUAUGGGAGUAAAACAGCACAGCAGAAAACUUUAUCGAUCCUUUAAAAGCAGAUACAAGUACCAACAUUUUUAUAUUUGGCCAUCUGGAGCCAUUUGAGUUACUUCAUGAUUGCUAAUGGCAUAUAGAGCACUUAACCACAGUAUACAUGCUUGCAUAAAUCAAAUAUAUUUAUUCAAUUUAUGGGUACAUGGUUUUCUUAAUUCAGUUAUUUAUACAAGACAUUAUCUAAAAAUUCUCUCAGUGCCUUUUAAAUCACAAGGUAUGAAUUCUGAACUAGUGCUGUCCCCUGAAAAGUUCAGCUUACUGUGCUUUACCCUUACCUAAUUUGAUCCUGUGUAAAUUGUCUGGGAUGUGAUUUCAACAAAACAUCUACCUGUAUUUGUACAUCACUAUGACCCUCAUAGAAAAUUAUGGGAAAAAAUGUAUUGUACAGUAGAGUUUGUAAAUAAUCUGAGCCUAUUAUUUACAAAUAAUCUGAGACUUUUAAAGUAUCUGUAUAAAAUUGUAUGAUUUGACAGUAAGAUAACUUAAAAGCCAAUUUUGUUUUCUAAUAUGUUGCGCCAGACCAUGACCCUAAACACUGCUCAAAAUCUACUAAGGCAUUCAUGCAGAGGAACAAGUACAAUGUUCUGGAAUGGCCAUCUCAGUCCCCAGACCUGAAUAUUAUUGAAAAUCUAUGGUGUGACUGUCCAUGCUCGGAAACCAUCAAACCUGACUGAACUGGAGAUGUUUUGUAAAGACGAAAGGUCCAAAAUACCUUCAACCAGAAUCCAGACUCUCAUUGGAAGCUAUAAGAAGUGUUUGGAGGCAUUAUUUCUGCAAAAGGAGGAUCUACUAAAUAUUGAUGUAAUUUUUCUGUUGGGGUGCCCAAAUUUAUGUACCUGCCUAAUUUAGUUUAAGUAACUAUUGCACACUAUUGCUGAUCCAAACAACCAAUGAUUUAUGAAGGAAAAACAUGAAAAUUAUCAGGAGUGCCCAAACUUUUGCAUACCACUGUAGUUGAUAAGAUUUUAUGCUCAUUAUUAGAUUAUUUGUUUAUUCAAACCAAUCAUUGUGUCCUAUUCAUUAUUGUCUUUUCAGACUGAGUGUCUGCAACCUGUCAGAAAAAAGCUGUGAAGCUCUUUCUCCAGCUCUCUCCUGCCAGUCAUCGAGUCUGAGAGAGCUGGACCUGAAUAACAACAACCUGAAGGAUACAGGAGUGAAGGCACUGUCCACUGGACUGGAAAGUCAACACUGCAAACUGGAAACUCUCAGGCUUUCGGGCUGCUUGAUCACAAAGGAUGGCUGUGCUUCUCUGGCCUCAGCUCUGAACUCCAACCCCUCACAUCUGAAAGUGUUGGACUUGAGUUACAAUCAUCCAGAGGAUGCAGGCGUAGAGCUUCAGACUGGAGUAAAGGAUCAACACUGGAAACUGGAAAACCUAAGGGUGGAACCUGCUGGAGCAGAGUGGUUGAAACCAGGAUUGAAGAAGUAUCUCUCUAAACUUACAGUCAACACAAAUACAAUAAACAAAAAUCUCAAACUGUCUAUGAAUAACAUGAAGGUGACACAUACGAGAAACAACUUCAUAUAUCCCGAUCAUGCUGACAGAUUUGUUGACUGGUGUCAGCUGCUGUGUAAAGAUGUUUUACAUGGUCGGUGUUACUGGGAGGUGGAGUGGACAGGUGAGGUUGACAUAUCAGUAAGUUACAGAGGAAUAGCAAGGAAAGGAGAACGAAAAAACUGCAGAUUUGGAGAGAAUCCUCAGUCCUGGAGUCUGGACUGCUCUAAUGCCCGUGGCUACACUGUGUAUCACAAUCAGAGAAUAUCAGUCAUUCACCCCUCAUCCUCCUUGUCCCCUUCCUGUGGCCCUAAGCGAGUAGCAGUGUAUGUGGACUGUCCUGCUGGCACUCUGUCCUUCUACAAUGUCUCCAGUGACUCUCUGAUCCACCUCCACACCUUCAACACCACAUGCACUGAACCUCUUUAUCCUGGCUUUGGAGUCUGGCACCAUUCAUGUGGUUCCUCAGUGCGUCUGUGUUCUGUGCAGGUAGAAGUAUCUCCUUCUGUUAGAUAAGCUGUGUAACUGCAGAUGCACAGACAAAUCUGCAGGCUCUCAUGGACUCAGAAUCACGUUUAACGUCUACAUGAGGGAUUUCUUAAGAAUUUAAAGAUUGUCUCAUUAUUGCAGUGAUUCUGUAACUGCUGAGUGUCUUUAGUGUCUUAUGUGAACAAUUCUGACCUGCCUGGUUGUUUAAAGAUAGAUGUCUUUCAUGUUCACUCUCACUUUUUGUUUUAAUAUUUGGAGCAUCUGUGUAUGUUUUAUAGUUUCACUUUUUUUUUUCUCUGAAAUGAGACAAAAUCGAAAACGUAAACUUUGAAGACCAAAUGAAACUUUAAACGUUUAUUUUACAACACUAGUUUAUGUACAUAGUAUACAUGCAGUAUUAUAUAAUUGAUAUAGAAGGGUGUGUUGUAGAUAUGUAUAAAUCAUUUUAUUUAGUAUUAGAGGGGAAAAACAACUCUUGAAAUACACCUUCUGUCUUUUUGCUGUCUUGUUAGCACAACUGGUAUUAGAAACAGACGACUCUGGAACGUAUGUCGUUUUGUAUUCAACACGAAGUGGGUUUCCUUGCCACCAGCAAGUUUCAAACAGUUGUUCACUGGUGUUACGGCCCUAGCUGGGCCUCCUCCUGAAGGUGCCUGUGUGGGCGUGUCACACUACCUCUUCUGCCUGAGGUGCCACCUUUCCCUUUUACACAGCUGACUCACGUCAGUAAUUAAGGAGAUUUAAGCCCAGGG